CACCGGGCCCCCGGGCGGAGCGGCGGGCACCGGGCCCCCGGGCGGGGCGGCAGGCAUCGGGCCCCCAGGCGGGGCGACAGGCAUCGGGCCCCCAGGCGGGGCGACAGGCAUCGGGCCCCCAGGCGGGGCGACAGGCAUCGGGCCCCCAGGCGGGGCGACAGGCAUCGGGCCCCCAGGCGGGGCGACAGGCAUCGGGCCCCCAGGCGGAGCGGCGGGCGCCGGACCCCCAGGUGGAGUGACAGGUCUCGGGCCCCCAGGCGGAGCGACAGGUCUCGGGCCCUCAGGCGGAGCGACAGGUCUCGGGCCCUCAGGCGGAGCGGCGGGCGCCGGACCCCCAGAUGGAGCGACAGGUCUCGGGCCCUCAGGCGGAGCGGCGGCGCCGGACCCCCAGGUGGAGCGACAGGUCUCGGGCCCUCAGGCGGAGCGGCGGGCGCCGGACCCCCAGGCGGAGCGACAGGUCUCGGGCCCUCAGGCGGAGCGACAGGCGCCGGACCCCCAGGCAGAGCGGCGGGCGCCGAGUCAUCUGGCACGACAGUGGGCUCUGAGUCAACUGGCAUGACCGCUGGCACUGGGUCAGACAUUGGAUCGUCUGGCUGGACAGCGGCAUCGGGUCACCCGGCAUCAGGUCAUUUGGCUCGACCGCGGGCACCGCAUCAUCUGGCAAGGCAGUGGGCUCCGAGUCAACUGGUAUGACCGCUGGCACUGGGUCAGACAUUGGAUCGUCUGGCUGGACAGCGGGCAUCGGGUCACCAGGCAUCAGGUCAUUUGGCUCAACAGCGGGCACCGCGUCAUCUGGUAAGGCAGUGGGCUCCGAAUCAAC